CCCCCCCCCUUGCACAACCCCCACCCAACAGCCGCUGGAACAACCACCAGCUGCUUCACAUCACAGCAUUCGGCUCGCACACAGACCCCCGUUGCUGGCCUUGUACACACUGCCCCCCCGUCGCUGCCGAAAUUAACCGCCGACACCUGCCUGCGCUUGCCGCUUUGCACGUUGCCAACCAUACCCCCCUCGGCCCCGCGUCCGUGUCGCUCAACCCCGACCCUCCCUCCCUGCGGCCUCUCCCCCCACCCCGUUGUUGCUCCUCCCUGUUGCUGCCGCCGCGUGUUAGCACCGGCCCGCGACAAUACCCCAGUACUUCCGAACCAAAGUCAAGUCCCUUACAACCUUCCCCCUUUCCAAACGCCAAGUCGCCAACUGUCGACUCUUUGCAUUCACUCUCCCCCACACUCAUUCACAUUUCUACACAAAGUCGACGCCGCCCGCCGCCGCCUCCGCAGCAGUCGACGCCGCCGACGACCCACACCCACCACCCACACCGCCAACAUUAUUAAAGUCGCCCACACCCGGCCACUCCGGGAAUGACCUACUCGCCUGGACCAUCGCACCCGCACUCACCGACAGAGUCGCACGCCAUGGCUACUUCGAUCCCCAUCCCCGCCGUGCAUGCGCCGUACAACGGCUCAUCGGCCCGUGACCGCGAGGCGGACCGGAGCCCCCGCAUCGCCUCGUUGUCCAACUCACGCUCCCCUUCGCAGACGUCGCUCUCGUCGCACCGCUCGCACCCUUACCCCCGUCGCCACAGUCUCAGUGUCAACCAGGCACAGCAGGACACUGCUGCGGACGGUGGGCGCAUCUACUUGCCCCCACCAAACUCGGUUGCCCCAUUGCACAUCCUCCACGAGCGCGAGCGCGAGCGUGAGCGUGAGAGGGAGCGCCGAGACCGAGACGGCCGCGACCUCUCACGUGAGCGUGAACGUGAGCGAGACCGCGAGCGUGAGCGUGAGCGCGACAUCCGCGACGCUCGCGAGCGAGACAGCUCCCGCGACGCGGCGUGGCGCGACCGCCGUCCCUCACUGCCAAGAGCCCAGAGCGACAACCGAUACCCUGUCAGCGGAGGUGACCGAGAACGGCUCCAGCUGCCCCCGUUCUCGUCAUUCUCCGCGGCACACAGUAGCGGUCCCCUUACGCCGACAGGCAACGGAAGUAUGGGCCCGCCAGCGUCGCCCGGCAGCUCAAGGGCCACUUCCCCCAAGCUCUUUGGCAUGUCCGGCCUGCGUCCGAGCUACUCGUACGAGCCCCCUAGUGCGCAGCACUCGGCGCCCUCGCCUGCCCGCGGCCCCCACCUCGGACUCUCCGGCCCGACCCCGUCUUCGGCACAGUCGGCAAACGCCGCGUCGUGCUACCGCAACGACCCUUCUCCGCCACGUUACAGUGGCGGCGCCCCGCUCCCAGACCACUCUUCGCCACCAUUGCGCUCAAUCCAGAGCCUGGGUGGCUCAAACGGUUACUCGCCAGAGCAGUACAUGCAGCCGCAGGUUGGCCGUGCUCGUAGCCACUCGGCCGCAAGUGCCCUCUCCCGCCACUAUGCCCCCAGUGCCUCGUCAUCCGACGGCGGUGAUUGGGCAGGGCCGCAGACGCCACGUGAGGCAGCGUCGCCCUACAUCGGUGGUGGCAGUGCCUCAUCGAAUGGUGGCGGCGGAGGCGGAGGUGGAGGCGGAGGUGGUCAGAGCAGAAGGCUGGCCCAUCUGAUGUCCGAGCAGAAGCGACGAGAGUCCAUCAACACGGGAUUCCAGUCGCUUCGCACGGCGCUUCCGACCUCCAUUCCGACCGACUCCAAGGCCAUCAUCCUUCGCAAGGCCGUCUCGCACAUCACGCAUCUCGAGGGCCUGCUUCGCAAGGCCGGCAUUGUCAUUUCGCCACCGAGCCUGAACCGCGGAGACUCUGGCACCUCGAAGGAGGGCGACGAGUCGAUUGCCGGCGACUCGGUUGAGGGCGAGCCUGACGUUGUCAUGCGCGAGACGACCGGAGCUGUCAAUGCCCUCAAGAUGGACGCCAAGGUCGGAUGGGAAGAAGUCCAUGUCGAGGAUGUCGAGGUUGACCGCAAGCCCGUCCUCAGCAAGGCGUAAGCGACCGGCAAACACGCAAACAAACAAGCAAACAAACAAACAAAAAAGGCAGCGGCCUCGACCCUGCGAGCCCUGCUCGGCUAAGCAAAGCAACUUUUGGGAUUACUCUUUGGGCCAAAUGUGUGGUGUCUCAUCUCGCAGCUUGAACCGUGUGUUGUAACAAUGUAACGUUGGGUAGCAGAGUGACGAAACAAGGUGUCUCUGGUUCCAAUAGCGACACGGCGAUGCAAUCUUCUUGGAAGUGUG